AAGAUAUAAGUGAUAUAAGUGAUAUAGAAAGUACCAAUAAUUCAGAUAAUUCAGAUGAUAUAUUAGAGACAAGUAGCACAGAAGAUGAAAAUAAUACUGAAGAUAUAAUGGAUAUAGAAGAUGCAGAUAAUAUAGAAAAUUCUGAAAAUAUAGAAGUUGCAAACACAAUAAAUACUAUUACUAAAAUGCAAUCUUUAUAUAAUCCAAUAGCAAUUAAUAAUAAAAAAAACAAAACAUCACCUAUAUGGAAUAAUAUAGAAGAACAAAAAAUAGAAAAUUAA